CGAUUACCACAGCACACAUCCAGCCCUCGGCCCAAGAUCGCGUGACCCCUUUUCUUCUCAGUUGCGGCGUUGCUCCCAAUUACGCCUUAUCUCACAUUGAGGAACGAGCGGGAUCCCCGCCAAAAUUUGCCGCAGCGCCGGCUCUGACUGUCGUUAGGCGCCUUGCGAAGCUGCCCACUUCAGCACAUUUACCCGAUGUGACUUUUGAGUCGACUCAUAAGUCACCUCGUUACCCGAUACCGUCCGCCGUCUUGGCCGAUCCCUCAUCGCCAGUUCCUCGCCGCCACUAGCGUCAUGUUAACAACAAGCAUUCCCGCAGCCAUGCCCGCCGCGCAUUCAAGCCGUCUCGGGCUCCAAGCAGUCAUGAUGCCCGCGCGCACCGUCGCCGCGAGCUCCCCCUCGCCCUCCCUUCUUUCCCCGCAACGACUUCCCAUCGACCUUCAAGCCCAACGCGGCGGCGCGUCCGUGUCCGCGUGCGCGAGGCGGUCAGCGGGGUGGCGGAUACGAGCUAUGGCGGACAAACCAGACGACCCCAGCCCGGGCAAUCCCUCCACCGAGUCGCUCUUCAUGCGCGAAUUGAGGCGCCGCCGCGCGGCUCAGUCUUCCGACAGCCAAUCAGACGCUGCCAGCAAGGCACCCGGGGCAGAAGCCAAGAGCGGAGCAGGGGGACCGGGGGGGGGGCGGAGGGGAGUGGCGCGGGGGGGGGAAUGCGCGACCAGCGGGCUGUUUCCAACGCGCUGAACAGCGAGGGAUUGGAGGGUCUACCAGCAAGAGCAGCAGAGCUGCUAAAGCUAGGGGUCUCCUUCUACCUGCCGCUCUGGCCCUUUGCCGUUGCCAUUAUCAUUGCCUUCACCGCUCUGUACCUGAUUAUGGGGUCUGAGUUCAUUCAUCCCGGGCGAAGCUAUGGGGAGGGGAGGCAACCCCCAGCAUACAUCGACCCGUACGAGCUACUAGAGGAGGAGGAGAAGUAUAUGGAGCGCAUUCCCUACGACAUGAACACCUACUACAAAGAUAACUACGACCCUGAGCUCGAUGGGUACUGAGAUCUGACACUCCCCAAGCUGCAUCGGCCCGUACGAGCUUGGGAAAGGGGAGAAGUACAGGGGGAUCUCUUACAUAUGGAGUGGAAUGGACUCCAUAUGGCAUGAGGAGAGCACCGAAGGGACAGCUGGAUGGGUGUUGAAGAGCAGAAAGCACACGUUUUGAUGGUCGUUUGAAGUGACCCAUGGUAGGUGUGAUGAGGUUUGAAAGCCAUUAGGUGCUAGAGCCUAGAGCUGAGCGACCACCAGUAGGUUGUAGUGAAAGGCAGACAUUAGCAAUGGUAGUGCUUAUUUGAGUUUUCUCUCCUUGCGGCGAGCACAUUUUUGCUUGUGUAGUUUUGGGAUAGGAAGCGUAUUGCAGCAGAAGAGCUGGCUUUCUUGUGUGACAAUGGCACCACCUCAUUUCA